AUGAGUUUGAUGGAACAAUCAACGGAUGGGUUUCUCGACGAGACGGAGAACAAGGAGAUUCGCGACUGCACACAAAUGGUGAGUCAAGAGUAUCGAUCCAUCGACUUUGUGUCCCUUGACAAAAUCAUUCCAAUCAUUAAAGACCCGAUGGCGGAUACAGGAGACUUGGCUGUUCGACUAGUUGCUGCGG